CAGACCUCAGUGGUCCUCAAAGUGGGGGGGGGGGGCUUUUUCAAAGGACAAAUGCCCCCCUUCUCUCCCCUACCCAGUUUUCAUUGGGGUUGAGCCACUCUCACGCUGAAGAUGAGAAUGACUUUGUGGAAUGAGAAAUGUAAUGAAUGGGGAUAUGGUUCAUGUAUGAACAGCUGGAGGCAAGAAAAAGACUGAGAGCUACAGUCCUAAGGGCUGGACAGUCUAGGGUUCUAAUAGUCACUGAUUCUAAUAGCCCGACAGCCUAAGAUUUUAGAUUUGAGAGGAUGAAUGUCUCGGGUUAAAAUUCCAGGCCUUGUGACAGGCAAGUGGGAGAAAGGUUGGCAGCUUACCUGAGCAGAUGGCUACUUUCCUAGGCUGUAGGUCCUGCAUCUAGUUGGUCUUUAUAGAUGUCUCUUGUUAAACGUUCAGAGUCAUUUUCAGGCGUGCCACUUUGGGGAAGUUUCUGCCCCACCUGGGCUCCAGUAUUCAUGUCUACAAAAUGGCGGGAGUGGGUAAUGAGUCCUUCGAGCUCUGUGAGUCUGGCUGUGCACUCACUGAUCAAGUACGCUACGCCCACCAGGACUUGCGUGUUUGUUCCCUGGUCCUCCCAGGGACCUGCCACAGAGGCAGCAGGCCUGGAUCCCGGCUCUUGGAAAGGGAGGGAGAGCCAUUCUGCCUUAGCUUAGCCUUGAAAAUAGCUGAUUACCUCUUGUCUCAGAGAAAGUGGCAUGAUGCCAGGAGAGGAAUACUGGCCGAUGGCAAGUGAGUGUGGGCUAGUAAAGGCUGGUGCUAAUUUCCAUGCUUGGGUUAACCAGGAGAUCAUGACACACGCAGUUGCUUGGUUGCUUUGAGAACAGGCCAGGGUAGCAAAGUGUUCCAUUGCCGCUGUGGUCAAGCUCUGGGAAGUAAGGGCAUCAUUAGCCCUACCUAAGUCUUACAGUCCCAAUACCCUUCCUCAGCCUGGUGGUAAACCCCCAAAGUCAAGAGAGAUUCUCAGUGGAAGCCCCAGUGAUCAGGAGAGUUGGGACAAGUUUUUAUUUCCCUUCUUUGAUGGCUUUAUUAGAAAGAUCUAGGGAUUAAAACUUUAACAUUGUCCUUGAGGACAGGAAGUCAUGGGCCGCAAACAUGGCAUUUAUAGACCAGUUAGGUGUAUACAAGGUCAUUAAAUCUACCCGCUCCCCAUUGUACAGAUGGGGAAAUUGAGACCAGAGAAGUGAUGUGACUGCUUUAGCAGAGAUCAGGGCUAGAGCUCAGACUCCCCAGAGCUGAGCAGACACCAAGGUCCCUGGAUUAAAACUAGAAAGGAUGGCCUUGGGAGGUAUCUUCUCGUCCAGAUUCCUGAAGCUUCCUCUUGACUACAGGGAAGGGCUCUGAAUCUCAAAGUCUUGUGAGUAUGGCCCAAGGACAUUCCACAGUGGUCAGAAGUGGGUUCCCUGAAGGGGGACUCUGGAGAGAAACUUGGUUGGGGUCAGUGGGCCCAACGGCAAGUCACAAAUUCUUUCCUAUAAACUAACACCUAGCUGGGCCUCUGCUGGUUGACCCAGGACAAAUGUCCAGCUCCUGCAUCGGAAAACCAGCCCAGGAAGCAGGGCCAGGGAUGCAGGAGGUGCAAUUCGGUGGUGGGCCAGGGACCAUCUGAUGGGCCCUUCCCGGGAACCCCGGCCAAGCCCCCCUCCACAGGAUCCUACUCAGGGGUCCUCUCAGAAGACAGGCUCAUCUUCCUCUCUGCCUCUGCCUAAGCCGGUUAAUAUUCAAUAGAAGUUACAUUAGGUCCCCGACCUGCUAAUACUGAGCAAACAUUUGGAAAACAUCAUUCCGUGACUGAGCUCGCGCCGGGCACUGAUAACGCUGGCCUAACCUUGAGGAGCCCAAUCCCCAGCUGCUGACAGCAGCCCUUUUCUUAGGCCCGCCACCACUUGGCGCCCCGGUGGGUGUGGGCUGGCAGCCGUGGGAGGGGUGCCGUGGGCCAGGUGGGACUCGGGCAGGGGAGCGGCGCUGGGAGCCGGCCCCAUCCAGGGUGGUGGGUCUGGGGAGAGGAGGUUUCUUACCUUGGGACCUAGUACAUCCCACUAACUCCUGGGCUCCCUUUGGAUGAUUUGACUUUCAUUCUCUGAUUUCAACAACGUGUGAAAUCGAAAGAGAGUUGAACAGUGGGAAUGUCAAGAUUCCAUUGAGAAAAAGGAUGCAUCUAAGAAUCAGAGCUCGUCUCAUCCAGCAGCUUCCUUCAACCACUCAACAGAUAUUUGCUGAGCACCUACUGUGUGCCGGGCUCUGUUCUAGUUGCUGGGGCUGCAGCAGAAGACAAGAGGGAUGAUGUUCUGCCUUUCUGGAGCUUUCCUUCUCUUAGGAGAGACAGAGAGGGAAGGAAAAACAGAGAAUAAGUAGUAACAAGAAAAAUAAAGCAGCAGAAAGGGCAGAGCCUGUGGGAGGGAUGCCACAUCAGACAGGGUGGUCAGAGAGGGUGUCGCUGAGAAGGUUACAUUUGUGCAGAGACCUGAGUAAAGGAAGCAGAAGCAGCUUAGCCAGGGGUGGGGGCAGUGGGGGAGGAAUUCCAGGCAGUGGGCACAGCCGUGGUGAAGGCCCCGAGAGUGGCUGUGUGAGUCCCAGGAACAGCGGGGAGGCAGGUUUGAUGGGCAGAGAGAGUAAAAGCGAGAUGAGAGAGGAAGGAUCAUCGUGAGGGGCUGUGGCUUUACUCCGUGUGAGACGGCAAGGCCCUGGUUUUGAGCAGAGGAGAGAUAUGAGUUCGGUUUUGGCGGACCCCUUGGUCUUCCGGGAGGUGCACAGAUUGCAGGGGCGAGGCCAGAAGCAAAGCGAUCAGUGAGGAGGGUCUGAACUUCUCCAGGGCCCAGCCCCGAGUGGGAGCCGCAGAUGGUUUCUGUAAGGAUUACUGAUGGCAUUUGGAGGGUGAACUGAAGGGGGAGGUGAGAGAAAGAGACCUAUAGUGAGACUCCCAGGCUGGCAGGAAGGAUAAACCUGCCUGUUCCCGAGAUGGGGAAGAUCAAGAGCAGGUUUGGGAGGGAAAAGCUUACAGAUGAGGAAACCGAGGCCCGGAGAGAAAAUGGGAUCCCUGCCAGCACAGAGAGUGAGUGCCGUCCAGAAUGAACGGGACCGGAUCAGCACUCGCAGAUCGAGUUACGAGGAUAGCAGCCUGCCCUCCAUCAAUGCGCUCCUACAGGCCGAGGUCCUGUCCCAGCAGACAAGGAAAGUACCUGGGCAGGGGCUCCAUGCAGUGGACAGACUAUAUGGAGGGCCAGCCAUUCCCAGCAUUUUCCUUCGUCUCCCCCAGAUCACCUCCCCUGUCUCUGGCAUCAAUGGAGACAUUCGGGCGAAGAAGAUUGCCAGCAUCGCAGAUGUGUGUGAGUCUAUGAAAGAGCAGCUGCUGGUGCUCGUCGAGUGGGCCAAGUACAUCCCAGCCUUCUGCGAGCUCCCCUUGGAUGACCAGGUGGCCCUGCUCAGAGCCCACGCCGGUGAGCACCUACUGCUCGGAGCCACCAAGCGCUCCAUGGUGUUCAAGGACGUUCUGCUUCUAGGCAAUGACUACAUCGUCCCCCGGCACUGCCCGGAGCUGGCAGAGAUGAGCCGGGUGUCCGUGCGCAUCCUCGACGAGCUGGUACUGCCCUUUCAGGAGCUGCAGAUCGAUGACAAUGAGUACGCCUGCCUCAAAGCCAUCAUCUUCUUCGACCCAGAUGCCAAGGGGCUGAGUGACCCGGGCAAAAUCAAGAGGCUGCGUUCCCAGGUGCAAGUGAGCCUGGAGGACUACAUCAACGACCGCCAGUACGACUCUCGCGGCCGCUUCGGCGAGCUGCUGCUGCUGCUGCCCACCCUACAGAGCAUCACCUGGCAGAUGAUCGAGCAGAUCCAGUUCAUCAAGCUCUUUGGCAUGGCCAAGAUCGACAACCUGCUACAGGAGAUGCUGCUGGGAGGUCAGUGUCGGGCCCAGGAGGGGCUGAGAGGGUCCUCCAGUGAUGCACCUCAUGCCCAUCACCCUCUGCACCCUCAUCUGAUGCAGGAACACAUGGGCACCAACGUCAUUGUUGCCAACACGAUGCCUGCUCACCUCAGCAACGGACAGAUGUGUGAGUGGCCCCGACCCAGGGGGCAGGCAGCCACCCCUGAGACUCCACAGCCCUCGCCGCCAGGUGGCUCGGGGUCUGAGCCCUACAAGCUCCUGCCAGGGGCCAUCGCCACAAUCGUCAAGCCCCCCUCCGCAAUCCCACAGCCGACCAUCACCAAGCAGGAAGUCAUCUAGCAAGUCACUCGGGGGCAGGGGCUCUGCUGGCCCCCCAGCCCCCUCAGAGGGCCCCUGAUUGCCAUUUGGUCACCAUAAAGAGAGCUGCGACAACAGGGCCAGUCCCAGAGCAGUAACGGAAAGGGUGAGGGCGCUGGAACUUGGGCUGUGGGUCAUGUCCCAUGGCCACCUUUCUCCACCUGCUCUGGAUGACAGGGCUGUGACUCGGGGAGACCCUAGCUGGAAAACCCUCUGCUGCCUUGGACAACUGUUCUCUUGCUGAAGCCACUGCCUUCCCCUCAUCCUUCACCCCAACUUCUUCACACUCAACGGACUGCUGCCUGGAGACAACACAGGACUUUGCUUAAACAUGGCUCCUUCCCCACUCAGACUGGUCCUUCGCCCCUAGUCCUGCCAUAGUGUCAGACACAGAGCCCGUCUAAACUGGGUCAGAGGGUGGUACCUUAGCCAUCCAUCCCUGUUCUGCUACCCCAACCACCAGUGCUCUUCUCUACUUGCCACUGUCACCUGCCUCAGCCAUCCUAACUUCUCCAAAGCCACCUCUCCAAAGGCUGAGGAAGAUUCGCUAACCACUCCCCCAGUCAUCCCGGGAACACUUUAAAAGCAUUGACUGGGGCUUGGUGCAGUGUAGGAGAUUAUUGAGAAGGAAGAUGCUGUUUGGCCUCUAACCCAAGGCUCUUCCCUUCUUCAGGGACUUGGGUGGAUCCCCCGAGUCAGAGUGAUGAUCCCUACAGGCUGCCAACCAUGGGAGAACAAUCCAGGGUGGACAGGUGCAACCGGGACCUGGAGGGAGGGCUGAGUGGUCAGAGAGAGCAUCCAAAAAGGGGCAGACUAUGCAGCAGGCCUUUAAGGAAGGGCUGGCUGCCGGCUGCUGGAGCACGUGAGGUAGGAUGUUCCAAGGGAGAGCAAACAUCCUGGGCAAGGCCUGGAGGUCAGAAGGAGGGCAUGGAGGGAGGCCAUGAAAGAUGGGGCUAUCUGUAUCAAAAUGGGCAUGCUGGACAGCCUGGGGGCCUAGAAUGCCAGACUGAGGCAAUGUGACUUGGGUCCUUUGGCUGUGAGUAGCUGGGAAGGGAUGUGCGGUGAGCUGAGCUUUCAGAAGCUAAAGACAGCAGCCCUACAGAGGUUGGAAGUUUGGGAGGGAGUGGGGAGAUCAGGUGGUGCCUGAUGAUGUCAUCUAGGUGAGAGAGAUGAAGCUGGGGUUGGAGAAGACAGAUGGGUGAAUCUCAGGUCAGAGUGAUACCAAGGAGGAAUUAUCCCAAGGGGCCUGUCUCAAGCUUUUCCUCAUUCCUGGCACUGUCUUAAGGCACUUGACAUGCCUAAGGAGAUGUCCUGUCAUCAUCCCUAUUACCCAGAGACCUUACUGGAGAUGAAAUUGAGAUGCAAGAGGUUAAGUGCUUUUUCUGGAACUCACACAGCUAGCAAGUGACCAAGUCAGGACUUGAUUCCAGGUCUGCCUGAAUCAGGAGCUCUUAACCUCGGUGGCUGAACGUCUUCUCUGAAGAGGCCCUUCUGUCCUCACUGUGAUUGAGUUGAGGGACUUCCUGCCCCCUUCACCAGCCUCAGAAGCCAAAGACUCAUUCUUCCCAGGAGCCCUGCCCACACCCAGGACUAAGAUUGCCUGAGGCUGCACUAAAGUCCAGUUAGGGUCCAGAAUCCUGUUUGCUGAUAAACAAGGAGAAUUCAUGACUCCUGGACCCCUCUUCUCUCUUUACUCCCCAAGUCUGGGGAAGGGGCAUUCAGUGGUCCAUUGGGAGAUGGACUCAUGUGACCUGGCAUUCUGGAGGUAGGAUGGUUUGGGUCGGGGCAGGGAAGACAUAAGAAGGGCUGGGUUUGAGACCUGCUCUGGGAGCGUCACUCAGGGUACAUUCUGGAACCAUUAAACACCAGGAGGGAACAGCCUGAACCUCAUUUAUGCAGAAUUUUGGACAUUUUAGGUAAAUUCUAGAAAACACCAGUGGCCAGUGGGAAUUAAAGAGAUGAGUCCUGGACCGGAGCUGUGCUUAGGUAGCAGUGAACAGUUAGACUGGCUGCCUACCGCCCACUCAGGGCUGACCCUUCUGAGUGGAUGGGGGUAGCACCCCAGUGCCUCCAAAUUCCAUCAUUAGUGAUUAUUCCUUUUUGUGAAAGAGGCAUGAAAGGAGCUGGCAUAUGUCUAAGAACAAUCCCUACAUCUCCAGUGCUGUCAGGAUUGGGCUCUCCCACUCCAUCAAGCCAAGUCCCCAGUCCCAGGAGAAGCCUGCUCAGAGUGCUCCAGCCUCCCUCAGCCACCUCCCACUCCUGAGGUGCUUCCCCAGAAAUCCCAGCCUGGGUGCUCCGACUGGUCGGGGGCAAGGUAGGCAAGCUGGAAUCAUUCUGGUCAUUGUCAUUCCCACUCUUUGCUCCUCUCUCCGCCCCUCUCCCUCCCCCACCCCUUAUUGUCCAGGCCUCUCUCUGUCACGGGAGCAAAGCUGAGAUAAAAAUUUCCCAUAGGGUGGGUGGGGUAGCGGUGACUCACAGUAGCAAGCUUCUGGGCCAGGAGGUCAGUCCUCGGCCCCAAGUCAAUCGCCCUGGAGGAGAAAUCCAUUCCACCUAAGUAAUUUUAUUGCAAUGCAGGAAACACAAAACAAAGAGUAUUUACUUGUCUGGUUCUAAACUGAGGACACAACACUGCAUUGGAAAAUCUUCUUUUUUUUAUAACUACCUGAGUUGUGGUCCUGAAACAUAAAAUCUGACAAACUAAAAGAGUUGGGAGGGCAUGCACAGACCUUAUAAUUCCUCCACUGGACAACCCCUUCUCUAGGCAGCUCUCAGUAGCUUCCAGAAUCCAUAUGGCUUUCCCAGGAGUGGACAAAGGGGAGCAGAGCGUCGGAAAUGGACGCUCUUCGAUUUCUUGUGAUGACGAAGCCAAAUACUUUCGCCAAAUCACUCUGUGAUCCGCCCUGAUUGUGAUGAAUUUUGAAAUUCACACCAAGCAUUCCUGGAAGUGGGCUGCGUCCCACCAGGCUGCUCAGCAUCUUCCCAUGGGUGUGAAUGCCAUCAGGUCCUGUGCUGGCCCCUUAGCUGUGCUGGCCCCUUAGCCCCCGUCACUGCCGCCCAAGAGGGCAAAGAAGCAAAAACCAUUUCUUACUCUUGUGUGUUUUAACAAAAGUUUAUAAGACAAAAUAAAUGGCGCAUAUGUUUUCUAAGUC